AUGACGGCCAACAGCAGGUACAAGAGCCGCGCGCCGCGGGCAGAGGAUGGAGAGGAGAAAGAUUACGUUGGCUUCGCCUCGUUGCCCAAUCAGGUGCACAGGAAGUCGGUGAAGAAGGGCUUCGACUUCACCCUCAUGGUGGCAGGUGAGUCCGGUCUGGGUAAAUCCACUCUGGUGAACAGCUUGUUCCUCACGGACCUCCACAAGGACCGGAAGCUGCUCAAUGCGGAGGAGCGCAUCAGCCAGACGGUGGAGAUCACCACACACACCGUGGACAUCGAGGAGAAGGGCGUGAAGCUGAAGCUGACCAUCGUGGACACGCCGGGGUUCGGAGACGCCGUCAACAACACCGAGUGCUGGAGGGCCGUCACCGGCUACAUCGACCAGCAGCUGGAGCACUACUUCAGAGACGAGAGCGGCCUCAACAGGAAGAACAUCCAGGACAACCGAGUGCACUGCUGCCUGUACUUCGUCCCUCCGUUCGGACACGGGCUCCGCCCCGUGGACAUCGAGUUCAUGAAGGCGCUGCAGGAGAAGGUGAACGUGGUUCCUCUCAUCGCGAAGGCCGACUGCCUGACCCCCACCGAGGUAAAGAAGCUCAAAGAGCGGCUCAGGGAGGAGAUAGAUAAGAGCGGGAUAAAGAUCUACCAGUUCCCCGACUGCGACGAAGACGAAGACGAAGACUUCAAGCGUCAAGACAAAGAGCUCAAGGAGAGUUCUCCGUUCGCUGUGAUCGGCAGCAACACCGUGGUGGAAGCCCGAGGUCAGAGGGUGAGAGGGCGGCUCUACCCGUGGGGCAUCGUGGAGGUGGAGAACCCGUCCCACUGCGACUUCGUGAAGCUGAGGACCAUGCUGAUCAGAACCCACAUGCACGACCUCAAGGACAUCACCAACGACUGCCACUACGAGAACUACCGAGCCCAGUGCAUCCAGACCAUGACCAGUAAGAUGAAUGAUAAGCGGGUGGAGAGCCCCGUCCCGGUGCUGCCCUCCCCCGACGUGGACACGGAGAAACUCAUCAAAAGGAAAGACGACGAACUGAGGAGGAUGCAGCAGAUGCUUCAGAAGAUGCAGCAGCAGAUGCACGAGCAGGACCUGUGACCUCUCAUGUGACCUCUCAUGACCUCUCAUGUGACCUCUCAUGUGACC